AUGCCUGUCAAUAACAAUAACAAUAACAGUAGCCACGACUCCAGGGACCCCAAGGAUCGCCGCAACUAUCGUGAAAAAUCCAUGUUCCUAGACAGCCGUCCACCCAAAGAGACCCCUAGAUACAACGAUCGUGUGGGCAUGUCCGUCCCGCCCCCUGACAGUUAUUCCAAUCACCCAUACAACAACAAAAACAGUGACGUUCGGCCCCAACGUAACGACCACUCAAGAGCAUGGGAACCCAGAAAUCGUGAUUGGGACGAACGCGAUCGACGCAGCGAUAACAGAGGACCGGACCCGUUCCUUCAAGACCAGAGCAGAGGAGGACGAAGCCAAUAUGAUGCGCCGCCAUCACCUUCAGCCCCUCUGCGUCGCAAUGACCACCCCUAUGAUGCUCGAGAGUCGUCCCGCCCCCCUGAGCGCGGCCGAUUCUUUGAAGGCGGAUCCAACAAGAGGCGAAACGAGAGUUCGUCUCCCAAGCCUAGAAAAAGAACUGGCUCGCUAACCGAGGACGUACGGUCUGGCAUCGCAGAUGUCUCCCUUGUCAGGAACCGAUCGCUCGAACCAGUCUCUCCUCAGUCCCCUACAGCCUCUGGUGAUUCCGAGUACGACCGGGUCCAGCAAGAAAAGGCCGCUGCUGCGUUCAACAACCGAUCCAAGUCUGUCUUUUCUGGCGCAGCUAUUGAGGCCAACGGAGGAACAGACGUCGACAUGUCGCCACGCAAGCCACAGUACAAGCUGCCCGAGUCUAAGCGCAGGAGCAAGCGUAGACGUAUUGCUGCCCGGGAAACGUCUGGAGAAUCCUCGGACUCGGACUCUUCCAGCUCGGAAUCUGACUCUAGCUCUGAUGAGUCUGAUGCUCGCCGCCUCAUUGGCGCUUCUGGUCUGAAGUUGCACGGUCAGAUCCACGACCUGAUGCUCGAGCUCGAAAGAACGCGUACAAAGUAUGCCAAGUACUGCGAAAAGGCCAAGGCAUCGUCAAAGCGGAUUCGGAACAUCAGCAAGAAACUGGAGCGGCGAUUCAGGGAUCUGAGCGAGAGCACUGCUGCCGGGCGUGAGACUUCUGCAUCUGAGAGGCCUACGAUGGUGUCAAGACCUAGCAGCGACAGGAUCACUCAGCACAACGCCUCGUCAUUCUUGCCCAACAAGUCCUCGGCCCCAUCGUCCGCUGCUUCCAAGAGUAACUCCUCAUUCUCGAACGGACGACACGGAUCAUCUCGUCCUCGUCUGGCACCAGUGAACGACCGUAUCGCAGUUGCUGCUCUGAAUGUCGUGGAGACCUUGACCAAUGUCCAUGCCGAUAUCCGGAACAAGACGUUUGGAAGAAAGCCUAGAUGCAUGCUUCACCAUGUGCCGAUUGCUGGUCCAGACAUGGAAGAAGUUAUGGUCACCAGUGCCUUGGAUGGAACUAUUCACUUCUGGGAUCUGGAAAGGCGCCGCGUGACGAGCACGAUUCCAAAAGCACCAACCAACAUGCCUUGGGCAGAGGACAUGUGCUGGGUCGGCAAGAACACGUUAGCGGUGGCCAGUGCCCACAAGGAAGGAGUGCCCAUGCCCAACCAGCUCAUGUUAGUCCAUGUUGAGAAGGCCAAGCCAACCUCGCCGGUUACAUGGACAAUCCAGUCAUUGGAUCAGAAACCUCAUGAUGCCAGCAAGGGCGGCAUUCUGUGCUUGACAGCGAUGACUGAAGACCGCAGCGGUAUCUCUCUUGCCUCGGCUGGUCUGGAUAAGCAAAUCAUCCGUUGGAAGUUUACGCCAGCAAACUCGGACGGCGACUGUGUACCAUCGCAGCAGACCGUGGUCCACAGCAAGCACACGAGCACCAUCCAGGGACUUUGCUACACACCUCACAACAACGUGCUGUUCUCAGGAGGAUGCGAUUGCAAGGUCAUUGGAUGGGACAUGGAACGGUCCGAGGUGGUGUACGAUUACAAGAGCAAGGAGCGCGGUCGCAUCAACUCUAUCACACCCAACCCAGUGGACCCCAACCUGCUUUUGGUUUCUCAUGCGACCACAAACAACCAGCUGUCAUUGCACGACCUCCGCCAAAGAUUUGACGAUCCUGUCUUGCGCUUUGGUUUCGAGUGUGCCGAUAACUUGUCGAGACAGGUGAUGCCCUCGUGGCAUCCAGGUGGAGCUAUUGUGAGCAGUGGAACUCAGUCGGAUCCCAAAAUCAACAUCUGGGAUAUUCGUUGGAGGGAUGUGCACCGCGGCGCUGGUCAAUCCAUCGAUGGACAAUGUAAGUGA